AUGCAGCUUGAACGGAAAUUUCCAGCUGCUCAAGGAGCUAUUCGUUGCGUACGGUAUAAUAUCGAUGGAAACUACUGUUUAACAUCAGGCAGUGAUCGAACGAUUAAACUAUGGAAGCCAGAUAGCAAUCUAACGAUUAAAACAUACACAGGACAUAGUCAAGAAGUUCUCGAUGUACAUAGCUCGUAUGACAACAGUCGAAUAUGUUCCGGUGGUGGAGAUAAACGUGUCUUGUAUAUAGAUGUAAUGAGUGGGAAAAUUGUGAAAAAAUAUCAAGCACAUGCAGGUCGUGUACAAGCCGUUCGUUUCAAUGAAGAAGGAACAUUGAUCUUUUCUGCUUCAAUCGAUGUCCUAGACGAUGCAAAAGACAGUGUUACCAGUAUUUCACUUAGUGGUCACGAAAUCUUAACGACUUCACUCGAUCAACGUGUACGAACGUAUGAUAUUCGUUUUGGUAAACUAACUGAAGAUUUUAUCGGGCAUAAUUUAACGUAUAUUAACAUUUCACAUGAUCAACAAUGUUUUCUUGUUGGAACAUUAUCCAGCCAACUGAUGCUGUUCGAUAAAAUUAAUGGUAAACUACUACAAACAUUUGUUGACUAUACGAACAACACGUAUAUGAUUGAAAAUGCUCUGUCCAAUGAUGAUCAAUUUAUCUACAGUGGAUCUGAAGAUGGUCGUUUGAUAUGUUGGAAUUUGCUAACAGCCAAGCAAGUUUGUGCAGUGGAACACGAAGCAAACAAUCGUAAAUCAGUGAAUACAUUAUCACAUCAUCCCAAGGAAGACAAACUACUCACUGCACAGGAGGGAAAUAUCUAUAUAUGGUCUAAAACAGACAAAGUCGAAGAGAAAGAAGAGAUUAAAAAGCCUAUAGUUACGGAAAAGAAAUUUGUUGCACCGAAAUUUGUUAGUGCAGGUUUUGAAUGA